AUGAAAGACUCAAAGAAACAAACCGGAAUACCCAGCAAAGGAAACAGUGAUAAAAAGUCCCAAAAGUCCACUUACGACUCCCAGCAAAAAGCCGCAACAUCAUCAACCGGCAAUGGUAAAGCGCCACAAAUGUGGGACGACGAUCGUUUCGCCCAUCUGAUCAACAACCCGCGCUACCAUGGCAUACCGAAAUCGAAGAAAAAGGUCAAAAUCGAUAGCCGAUUCAAGGCCAUGUUCGAGGAUGAGCGUUUCAAUCAGAAAGCAACAAUGGAUAAGUAUGGGCGAAAGAUUAAGAAAACGGAUUCCGACAUGCUCCGUAAGUUCUACCAUCUCGAUUCGGAUGAGGAAGAAAAUGAGCAGGAUGCAGAACGGGAACGUGAGCGCGAGGAACGUGCCAUGGAGGGACGUGCUGGAAGCGAUUCCGAACCGGACGCUGAUGAAGGUCUUGAGCUGACCGAGGAGGAAAGGAAAGCGGGACUAUCUAGCAACGUUAAGAAACGAUUGAACGAUAUGGAUGUUGAUUUUGCACGUGGUGAGGGUGUCCUAGGAUCGGAGUCUUCCUCUGACGGUGAUUCGGAUGGGAGUGAGGAUGAAGAGGAGGAUGUGUUCAUCGAGCAUGUUUGGGGAGCAUUGGAUGCGGACGCCGAACGGACGGAAGAAUCGACCCGAAGAUUAGCCGUCUGCAACAUGGAUUGGGAUCGGGUACGAGCGGUGGAUGUUAUGGUGCUUUUAAGCUCAUUUUUACCACCGGGAUCGGCAAUAAAGAGUGUAACGAUUUAUCCUUCGGAAUUUGGAAAACAACGCAUGAAAGAAGAGGAAGAACGUGGUCCACAAGAGUUGACCGCACGUACAAUCGAAAAUUCCGCCGAAGAAGACGAAGAGGACGAAGAGGUCCAAAAGGAACGAUUGCGUGAGUAUCAGCUAAAUCGGCUAAAGUACUAUUAUGCCGUUGCGGAAUGUGAUUCCGUUGCGACGGCAGAUAAAAUCUACACCGAGUGUGACGGUAUCGAGUACGAAAGUACGGCCAACAAGCUAGAUCUGCGCUUCAUUCCGGACGACAUGGAGUUUGACGAUGAGCCGAAAGAUCACUGUACCGAGCUGCCCGAGGUGGGCAAGUACGUGCCGCGUAUCUUCGCAACGAAGGCACUACAUCAGGCAAAGGUCGAGCUAACCUGGGACGAGAACGAUCCCGAUCGUAAGGAGUUUAACGAGAAGCUACGGGACGGCAAAUGGGCGAAUUUACCAGAACACGAGCUAAAAAAGUACGUAGUUUGUUCGAGCAGUGACGAAGAGGAAGAUGAUGAUGAUGGUGAGACGGCCAACGGUAAAUCGAAACGUCCAACUGUACGACUACGAGCUCCGGGGAGUGAUUCCGAGGAGGAUGAUGAGGCUGAUGGUUCCGACACGGAAGACAAACCAAAAGGAAGCCGCAAAGAGAAAAUGAUCGCUAAGUAUCGUGCACUGCUAAACGACAUAAAAGAACAGGAGCAAGCGGAACAGAACGAUAAGGUUGGUAUGGAAUUCACCUGGGAAGUGAAUGGUAAAGAUGAGAAACCAUCGAAUGAUCAGUCGGAUGAGGAAUCGGACGAUAAUCGUGCCGGCGGCGCCAAAAAGACACAAAACGACGACGUGAAUCCUUUCGAGAAGAUUUUGCUUAAGAAGAAAGAGAAAAGCAAACGCCGGAAGGAGCUGAAGAAGCGUCGCAAACGCGGUGAGCUGGAUGGUGCAGAGACCAAGGAGGACGAUACUUCGGAGGAUGAUUUACCGUACGGCGUUGAUCUAAACGAUCCAUUCUUUGCGAGCGCUUUCGAUGAAAAGGAGUUUGCGGUGGGCGAGAAGAAAAAAUCCAAACAGAAAGAUCGUGAGGCAGCAAAACAGGCGCAAGAGGAGGAGGAACGGGAAGCGGAAGAAUCGGAACGUCGUCGGGCCGAGCUUGAGCUUAUGCUGGACGAUGGCGAGGAUAAUCGGGCCCACUUUAAUUUGCGUGCGAUACAGGAGCGUGAAAUUGAUCUUGCAACCGUGUCGAAAUCGAAACGACGUCAUUUGCUGAAGAAGAGUCGCCGGCAGAUCGAGGAACAGCGGAACAGUAAGCAGGCAGCGGACGAUUUUGAAGUGAACGUGGAAGAUCCACGAUUUACUGCGAUCUACUCAAAGCCGGACUAUAACAUUGAUCCGACCAAUCCGGCGUUUAAGAAGACGAAAGCGAUGGAACGAUUAAUUGAGACGAAGCUGCGAAAGCGUCAGCUGGCGGAAAAUGAUACGAGGGAAGGGAAUGGUGGUGCGAUGGAACAGCAGGAAGCGAAAGUGGCGCGGAAGGAUGUGGCAACCACGAUGCUCGUUAAGAGCAUCAAGCGAAAGAUCAAGAAUAAUGCUUCGUAA